AUGCCCGCAGCCCUGCUGCUCGCUGUCACUUCUGUCUCACUGCUGCGACCGCGACUACCGCAGCGUGUGUCAGUGCCGCUCCGCGGGAGGGUGCAGAUGCUUGCGAGGCCAAGCGCGGCGUUCGAGAGCUACCGCACGGUGGGUGUGGUCUGCACCAGCUGUCGCGCGCGGCUGUUCGGGUACAAGAAGAAGAAUGGCCUGAAGAGCAGUUUGAUCAAGCUUUACAUCGAGCGCAUUUGCGCUGACCCGCUCCGUAUCAUCUCUGAUGCGCCGCCCGAGCGCCGUGCGGAACUUGGGAGCAAGUGGCACUGCCCGACUUGCAAAUCUGCCUUUGCCCGGACUGCGUUGAUACACGGCAAGCCGGCGCUCAAGCUUGCCGGAGGUAAGGUGUCAAUGGUGAAAAAGUGA